UUAGUCUUCAACUCGCACGUAUUAACCCGUUUACAAAAAUUAUUUUUCAUUUACACAGUGUAAUCAAUUAUGUCAGAAUUACCCAGUAUUCAACAAACAGUAGUAUCGGCGCUAGUAUCUCACGAUGAGUCACUCCACGAUGCAGAGCCAGCAGCAAAUUUCCCAAUCACGAUCACCAACACAAUAGUAGCGACAAAGCCCUUCGAGGACGGCGCAAACAUGGACGAAUGCCCCGAAGACCUCUACCCACCCGAGAACUUUGCCAUGGUCUGCCCCUACAUAUACCGCAGCGGGAUGCCAAAAAAACGGCACUUUCCCUUUCUCCAAAAGCUCAAGCUCAAGAGCAUCCUGACAUUGAUUCUCGAAGAGUACCCGGAGCAGAGCCAGAAAUUCCUCAAUCAAAACGGCAUCAAACUGUUUCAAUUCGGUGUUGCAGGGAAUAAGGAGCCAUUUGCGGAUAUUCCAGAGGCGGUUAUGUGCGAGGCUUUGGCGGUUUUGAUGGAUCGGAGGAAUCAUCCAAUUUUAAUUCAUUGUAAUAAGGGGAAGCACCGGACGGGGUGUUUGGUUGGGUGUUUGAGGAAGGUGCAGGAGUGGAGCCAUACAAGUAUUUUCGAUGAGUAUCGGAGGUAUUCAGCGCCUAAAUCGAGGUCGAUGGAUCAACAGUUUAUUGAGUUGUUCGAUGUGAGACCAGUGCUAGAGAAGAUUGAUUUGGCCUGCUUGCCCGAUUGGCCCAUGGUUUCUGCACGAGUUUCAUUUUCGCAGUAAGACAAAGUUAAUGAUGAGUAAACGACAACAAUUUAAAAAAAUAAACUUCGAUGAGAAUGACUAACCAAAAGGGAGAGAGUUCCCUGUUUUUUUUGUAAAUGAAAGGAGUGCGUAGUGCUCCGAUGUACAGUAACUUGGAAGUUGUUGUUUUUAUUCGACAACAAUGUCACUUGCACGCAACAUUUCACAUAGAUAAGAAGUAAACUCUAGGAGCACAGGGGACCAAUAAUAAUAAUAAUCAGUCCAUUUUUAAUUUUUAAUUUUUAAUUUUUGUUUUUACUCUUUAACGAUAAACGUUG